UUGUGUGCAAUUUUUUUUUUUACCACCGGUAAAUGAAGCAGGUCUUGACAACAGCCGAAGCGGAACCUUUGGCAUAUAGAAAAAAAGGGAGGCGGAAGGAUUCACCGAGAAACACAGGAAACACCCAUUGAAAAAAAGAUUUUUUUGGAAGCGAGUUUCUUCAACAACAACAAAAAAAACCCCCGUAUAAACAUUAUAUUUCGAACCCGCACAGGGUCAAAUCAUCGAUUCGGGCUACUUCCGCGAAUUGUACUGAAACGAGUGAACAAAGAUGCUGAUAAAAGUCAAGACGCUCACGGGAAAGGAGAUAGAGAUUGACAUCGAGCCCACAGAUAAGGUGGAGCGGAUUAAAGAGAGGGUGGAGGAGAAGGAGGGGAUUCCUCCACAGCAACAGAGGUUGAUCUACAGCGGCAAACAGAUGAACGACGAGAAAACGGCGGCAGACUACAAAAUCCAGGGAGGCUCCGUUCUCCAUUUGGUACUCGCUCUGCGAGGAGGAGGUCGAGCACUCCGCUCGCCCAGAGGCCCCUGCUCCAAGCCUGCGUUGUAGCCAUCUCUUCAAAAAUAAUGCCUUAGCUUUCUUACAAUGCCUUCACUGAGAGGACACACCGAAGACACGUAUAGCCAACGGUUGCGGACUCACCUGGCAGCACUGUAGGCAAGCCAGUGCCAUUUCGUAUAGAGUUAGAUCAGGUCGAGUUUCGUGGCAGCCUCUUCCCUCCGGUUAAAAAUGUGUUGGCGGCAAACAUUUCACCCACUGUUAUAGCGAGACACUCCACGUUAAAGCUAGGCUGGCAGAAAAGGAAAGGUCAUUUUCAGAAUCAAACGUCCCGCGGGCUAUAAAUUAACAACCCAGAGCUUAUUUGGCUGUUAUGGAGAGCGUACAUUUUUGUGUUUAUUUCUGAAAAUUCUAAGCAGGCAAGGCUGAGUUUCCCCAAAGCAUUUCAGCAAAGAUAUUAUUAUUAUUAUAUUAUUUUUUUUCCCACUCAUGUAAUAUGAAUUUGAGAUAACAGGAGCAUUAAGAGGCUUUAGGGAAACCUAUUUUUGUGUUGCGGUCUUUGUCUUCCGAGUGUGACACAAACAAAUUUUACUUGUCCUGCUUCAUAAAUGUUUCAUUCUGUUCUCUACAGAUUGCCCCCAACUCACGUAGUCUAAUAAUCUAAAGCCACUGUAUCAUCUCAGUGACCUUUUUUGAAGGAUCGUGUUUAAAAGAAUAGUUUGACAUUUUGAGAAAUACACAUAUUUACCAUGCGCCGGGGAGAAAUCCUUUCAUGCAACUCUGAAGUUUACAGAUUAACACGUUCGUUCUUGUUUGCAACCAGUCGUAACCUUUCUUCUUUUUUUCUUUUUUCUUUUUGGUAUAGGAUCCAACAAGCAGGAUGUGUUAAUUAGUGAGUUUUACAGAUGCUGACAGUAGAAUUUCGUUACCUCGCAGUAGGAGUGUAGCGAUUCUGAACCCUAGACAGAAUGCGUGAUGUCAAACUAUUCUUAUGGGGGAAAACAAGAAGUUAAAGGACGGCCACUUUCUGUAAAUCCUGUACCACACACAUUCAUAAUUAGAUUGAGCAUGUCUACUCGUGCAGGAUAUAAUGCUUUCUACAAUUUCAUGUGCAUAUUUAGUUUGUUUUGGCACUUGAUGGCAUACUUUUACUUUUGCAAGAAGGCAAGGAGUGUGCCAUACCGGUCCUGCCUGACAGUGGCUUCAGUUUGUAUGUUCAGAAAAGCGAUGUUUAACUUUUGGGAUUGCUCUGUUUGCUCCUACCCUCAGUGUGUACAGAAUUGUGUUGAACUGGCCGAAGCUAUGGAUUAGGUUGUGAGUAGAAUAAAAUGAUGUUAAUGCUAAAAA